CGUGUUGGCGUUUUCUUUUGUGUAUUAAAACCGAGUAUAUUAUAAUUUUUUCUGUAUAUUUUCAUUAUACAAUUUUCCCAUCACAUUUUGCUUAGGUUUAGGCAGCAGAACUACUUAGAGGCGACAUGAGUAACCAGUCUCCUCUUUCUGAGAGCAGCACUAACAGUGUGAGUUUCAGCCUGCAUAUCCAGUUACAAAGGAUGACAUCCUCCUGUGGUGCACAGCUGCAAAUCCCCAAGGCAGGACUGAAGGACACAGUUCACCCAUCUCAGGCGCAAGCCACAAGGGUAGUCCAGAAAAAUGAUGACAUCUAAAAUUGACAGUCCUCCCCCCUACGAGGAAGCACUGCAUCAUCCUAAGUAUGAUAACUUCCCCUACCUGCCACAGCAUGUCUCUCCUCUUCCCCCACCUCCAUCUUACAGUCCCAGUCCUGGCUACUGGGGCCAAGGGGGUGUCUACCCACCGGCCAGCAUGUGUCAAGGCCCUGGCUUUCCUCCAUCUGGGAUGCCCACCACAAUACCGACUCUGUCUGCUGGACUGCCUGCCUCCAACCCAGGAGAGAUGGAGGAUUUUCUCAGCACCCAGUGGGAAAGCACAUCUGUUCGGCAUGCCUUCAUCAGAAAAGUUUACUUAAUUUUAUCAGCACAGCUUGCUGUCACCUUCUCAGUUGUUGCUGUCUUUACGUUUGUUGACCCAGUGAGGAUGUUUGUCAUCAGUUACCCUGGCAUCUACUGGGCAUCUUUUGUGGUUUACUUUGUGGUUUACUGCAUUCUCGUCUGCUGCAAAGAGCCGAGGAGGCGUUUUCCAUGGAAUCUUGUGCUGCUUGGAGUAUUUACUCUUGCCUUGUCUUACAUGGCUGGAGCAAUUUCAAGCUAUUAUGGAACCAAAGCAGUGUUUAUCGCCAUGGGAGUAACAGCAUUAGUCUGUAUAGCUGUGACAGUCUUCUGCUUCCAAACUAAGGUGGACUUCACCUCCUGCGGGGGACUCCUCUGCAUUGCGGCCGUUCUGCUCAUGAUCAUUGGGAUUGUUACAGCCAUCGUCCUCUCCUUCCAAUAUGUCCCCUGGCUGCACAUGCUCUACGCUGCAAUUGGAGCCAUCGUUUACACUCUGUUUUUAGUGUACAACACCCAACUUCUUAUUGGAAAUCGGGAGUUGGCCAUCAGCCCAGAGGAGUACAUCUAUGGAGCGCUUUCUCUCUAUGUUGAUAUUGUUCACAUCUUCCUCUUCAUCCUUCAAGUCAGCGGAGCUGCGACUGAAUGAGCCAGCGGUUGGAGUUUGUAUAUUGUAUUUGCUGGCAGACACACAGCAAACUGUCAGAAAGAUUGUUAAUUAUUUUCUCUACAUCAGUAACACUCAAGCACUUUCUUUGUUGCGCUGUAUGUAGCAGGACUGCAGCCGCAAAGCUUACACUUAUCUCGUGUAAAGGAAGAGAGCUGCUUAAGCCUUGCACAUUUAUUUAGCUGCAUUUUAAUAUUUAUGUGCACGUUAAGGAGUGUAGUACUCUCAACUAUUACUUCGAUCAAACCUCCUCAUUAACAAAGUGUUUCUGCCUCCAAAAAAGGGAACAAAGCCAUUUACAGAUCAACACAUUUGUUUUUAUUAUCAUCAGUGCUUAGACUUACAAAACAUGUGUAGUUGGAGGCAUACUGCUGGACACCACAAUCAUUAGUCAAACAUCUGUGCUGGUAGUAAGAAGGUCUAAGAUCUGUUUGUUAUGUACUUUUAAUUUUUCCAAAGAGAAAGCCCAGAAAACACUGACUCACCGAUUAAAAAAAAAAAA